AUGGGGAUAGGCAAUCGGUACAAAAAGUCGGCCCGUUCGCUCGUGGCUCGUGCACCUUCCCAGGUAACGUUUAUCUGUGUGCUGGGAUUGGAGUUUCUACUCCUUGGAACGCAUGCCCACACAGCAGAGCAGAGUUUGGUAGAAGCGGCCAGUGCGCAGGAUUCGAUUGUACUGCCAGUUGCCCUUUCCAAGGAUAAAUCGCCCGAACAGCAUCCGCCGUCGGUUGAGGCUAAAACGGACGAGCGCGCUGGAAAAAGCGUAGUUGUGAACUGGAAGCUGGCCUGCAAACAGCUCUGCAGUGCAGGGCUUGGCGGUCCCAGCUGCGGGUCAACAUGGCUUCGCACCACCACUACCAACCCACCCGAACUUCCCGUGGAUAAGGACACCCUUGCCGGGGUAUGUCCAGCGCUGUGUGGCAAUGGUUUAGGUGUUUCGAAAUGUAAGUGCAAAAGUUACAAACCGAAGCCACAGUUCAACCAAAACCUCAUCUGCGAGUCCUUCUGUACCGUGGCCAACGUGCAGCUAACCGGAUGCAGCAGCUGCGACGGAACCGACCCCAGCCAAAGCACGCUCAGCCCGAUGGGAGCGUACGAAACGACGACCCCCAACUGGGACGAGCUCUGUUCGAUGUUUUGCAAGAUGGGCGAUGGCGGGACACUGUGCAACUGUGAUUUGCCUCCGUUCUUCUAGAUCACGGGCAAGGCAAAUCACAUCAUAUGAUUUCG